AUGGCACCCUCCACCAAGCCAUCCGCUUCCGCCAGCACCACCGCCGCCGCUACCAACAACGCGCAAACAGGCGGUGCCGCAAAUGGAUCAGCUGCGCCGCCAAACGCCAACGGCUCCACCGGCGGCCUGGGUCUCUCGGCCUCGUCGUCGUCGACCCCCCUCGGCCUCCCCUUUGCCGGCGCCCCGACCUCAGUCUACCCGACCGACACUGUUCGCGAUGUGGCCGAGUCUCUGGGCAUCGCCAACUUCAAGGAUAACGUAGCCGCUGCUCUCGCUGCCGACGUCGAGUACCGCAUCCGCGAGAUUGUCCAGGAUGCGACCAAGUUCAUGCGCCACUCGAAGCGUGAUCAGCUCAAGACGUCAGACAUUGACGCAGCCCUCCGCGGCCGCAACAUCGAGCCGCUGUACGGCUUUCUCCCAUCUUCGGCAGGCAGGCUCGCCACCUCGAGGUACACCGCCGGCCCUUCGUUCCGCAAGGUUCAGACCGCCUCGGGUGUCCCGCUGCACUACGUCGAGGACGAGGAGAUCGACUUUGACAAGAUCCUCGAGGCCGGUCCGAGGAUCGGCGUGGGCAAGGGCGUGGGCUGGGGCGCACAUUGGCUUGCAAUCGAGGGCGUCCAGCCCGCGCUGCCGCAGAACCCUUCGCCAGCCGACCUGGCAGAGGUUGUGGGCCCCGUCGGGUUCGCGGGACCCGUCGCAGCUCAGACAACGGCAGCAGCACCCGCGGCCAAAGCGGUGGCAGUGGCCGGUACCGGUGCGGGCGACGCGCAGGCAGUCGCCAAGCCGCUCGUCAAGCACAUUCUCUCACGAGAGCUGCAGCUCUACUACGAGCGCCUCACCAAGGCCAUCGUUUCGCCCCCGCCAGAGGCCGACGAAGACUUCGACGACGCCGACGACGACAACGACAACGUAGACGACAGGGCAGGCGUCGCCAGUGGCAAAGGAACGGACGAUAUGGACAUCGACGACGAGGAGCAAAAGGGCAUCGUCACGCCGCCCCGGCCGGGCGCCGCGCCCGCGCUGCCGCUCAAGACGUUCGAGAAGAAGGGCUCCGGCAAUCGCGUGCGCGACGCGGCGCUGGCCAGCCUGCGCGGCGACCCGGGUCUGCACCAGCUGGUGCCAUACCUCGUCCAGUUUGUCGGGGGCAAGGUCAUCGAGAUCCUUCGCGGCGGUGCUGGGCAAGUCGACGGUGCCGAACUGGACCGCCUCCACGGCGGCGAGGGGAGGGAGAUCUCGACGGCCGACAACCACAUGCUCAGCGUCAUGCUCAGCACCGUCCACGCCGUCCUGGUCAACCCGCAUAUCUUUGUCGAGCCUUAUCUUCACCAAAUGAUGCCAUCGAUCCUGUCGAUCCUGCUGACGACAUCGCUGGCGGAGCCCGGUCUCGACGCGCAAUCGACGCACGAGAUCGACAACCCGCUCAUCACGGCGGGGCCCUCGUCUUACUCGCUGCGCGCCUAUGCCUCGGCGCUGCUGGCGCACAUUGUCGAAAAGCACGGGCCGUCGUACCCCUCGCUCAAGCCGCGCAUCGUGACGACGCUGCUCAAGGCGCUACUCGCCGGAGCGCUGCCCGACGCCGGGCCGACGACGGCGUCGACGCAGACCAGCAGCGUCAACGGAGGCGACCCGCAUCACCGAGGCCGAAGCGCCAGCCGCGCUCUGUCCGCGGACCGCACCGGUGCAGGCAGACCUGGACCGCGUCCCGAGCCGGGCACCAAGGUGGGCGCGAUCAUGGGUCUGCGGAGGCUGGGCAAGGCGAGCUUCAAGGUGCUGCUGCAAGGCUCGUUGGCGAUCGGCAAGGGCGAGGGACAGGGACAGGGAGAGGACGAGAGCGAGCCAAAGUGCCCCCUCUUCCUGCUCGGUGGGUGGAUGCAGGCGUGGGAAGAGGGGGAUCACAACAACGGCGCCCUUUCCGGCAGCGAUGCGCAUGGAGAUGGUGACGACGAGGGACGAAGGAAGUCGAGGCAGACGAGGGAGAGGCAGCUGCGGCCCAUCUUGAGGGAGAUCACUGGAGGUCUACACGCCCUGCUCCCGCCCUUUGUCCCGACAACGACCGAGGUGACGGGCACCGACGAGGAGCGCACGGCCGCUCUGCAGAGGGCGUACGGCGCCUACUGGAUGGACCGGGUGAUUGCGCGCGACGGCAGGGCGAGGAUCGCGCUCGAGAUCGAAGCCGGUCUGCGCGGGACGGCCCUCGAGGACUUGGCCUCGGCCAAGCGGGAUCGGGAUCGAGGCGGUGAGGUCAAGACCGAGUCCAAGUCCGGAUAG